CCAUUAGAUGUUUCGUCCUUAGGUUCCCGGUUGUUGGAGGCGGGCUGCUGGGGAGGGACUGAACUGCCAGGUUUAAUGUUUUGAGCUAGUAACGCAAAUUAGAUCGGGAUAGCGGUCCAGCGUCCCGGCUGCUGAGUGAGACAUAACGCCGGGUGCCCGCGGAGCUGGUUUUUCUGUCGGAGGACGAGAGCGGGAGCGUUGCGCCUUUAAGGAGUCAAGCCAAGCCUUUCACCAAGAGCUGAGAGUGCGCAGGUGCGGGGACCUGGGGACGGAGGGCGGUGAUCCCGCAACUGGACCCGGGCUCAGUGGUCGGUCAGAAUCUCAUUUUCAGCUCCUGCCAAAGCCAGUAACGUUGGGAAAGAGUCUGCUCCUUGAAGAGCACUAAGGAAAAACAUAAGUGGUUAUGCCUGCCCUGAACGAAGAGUACUUCUGGAAGAGAGACAGGCCAAUGAUUGAAGCAUGCUGGGAAAACUGCUUCGAGUGACUAAGCAGCUGAGAGGACAGUUGGAUGAACAGAACAGGGUUAAGCUCUCUCUGCCUCAGUGCCCUUCUCUGUGAAAUGGAUGUGUCCACCAGUCUUGAAGAGCAGGAUGGAUCUAGAUGUAGUUAACAUGUUUGUGAUUGCGGGUGGAACUCUGGCCAUUCCAAUCCUGGCAUUCAUCGCAUCUUUUCUCCUGUGGCCUUCAGCGCUGAUAAGAAUCUAUUAUUGGUACUGGCGGAGGACACUGGGUAUGCAAGUCCACUAUGUACACCAUGAGGACUAUCAGUUCUGUUACUCCUUCCGGGGCAGGCCAGGACACAAACCGUCCAUCCUCAUGCUCCAUGGAUUCUCUGCACACAAGGAUAUGUGGCUCAGUGUAGUCAAGUUCCUUCCAAAGAACCUUCACUUGGUCUGUGUGGACAUGCCUGGUCAUGAAGGCACCACCCGCUCGUCCCUGGAUGACCUGUCUAUAGAUGGGCAAGUUAAGAGAGUACACCAGUUUGUAGAAUGCCUUAAGCUGAACAAAAAGCCCUUUCACCUUAUAGGCACCUCCAUGGGUGGCCACGUGGCUGGAGUAUAUGCUGCUUACUACCCAUCUGAUGUCUGCAGCCUGUGUCUUGUGUGCCCUGCUGGCCUGCAGUAUUCAACUGACAAUCAGUUUGUACAACGGCUCAAAGAGCUGCAGGACUCAGCUGCCAUUCAGAAAAUUCCCUUGAUCCCAUCCACCCCAGAAGAGAUGAGUGAGAUGCUCCAGCUCUGCUCCUAUGUCCGAUUCAAAGUGCCCCAGCAGAUCCUUCAAGGCCUUGUUGAUGUUCGCAUCCCUCAUAACAGCUUCUACCGGAAACUGUUUUUGGAAAUUGUCAGUGAGAAAUCCAGAUACUCUCUGCAUCAGAACAUGGACAAGAUCAAGGUCCCAACACAGAUCAUUUGGGGAAAACAGGACCAGGUGCUUGAUGUGUCUGGAGCAGAUAUAUUGGCCAAGUCCAUCGCUAACUGCCAGGUAGAGCUUCUGGAAAAUUGUGGCCACUCAGUGGUGAUGGAGAGACCCAGGAAGACAGCCAAGCUCAUUGUUGAUUUUUUAGCUUCUGUGCAUAACACAGACAACAAGAAGAAGCUGAACUGAGGUCCUUGCCACAGCCUGCAUUGUUCACACAGCAUCUACUCCCAUCCCGCAAACUUGAUACAGUCACCACUCUCAGGGAUUCUGCCCCAAACACCAUUGGAGCACCAAUGUCCCUGAAGAAGCCAGUCUCCUACCCCAGUAUUCUUGGUUCCACAGAGCAUCAGGGCCACAAGGAAAUCUCCAAGAUCUUUUUUUCAAAAUAGAAACCUAAAUGGAACUAAAUUAAAAAAAAAAAAAAAAAAACAGCCCUAAAGCCUACUUGAAGUCUUCAAGUUCGUGUCAGUGACAAGCUAAUGCUAAGCAGCCCCUUAGACCAUGGUCAUGAGUGACAUUUUCUUUAAGACAUGCCUCACACAUUAAACUCGAGAUUUUUUGUUGCUGCUUCAGAUAUCUCCCUUGCAUGGUCAGUGGCUCCUAUAGAGAAGCUUUAGUCAUUUAUUGAACUCUUGUUUAGAUCUAAUUCAAGUUUUGUAUAGAAGCCCAUGUGUGAAUAUAGCCCAUUAGCCACAAGACCAGGGAAGAAACAGUAAACUGUAGAAGAGGUUUCUGCCCUAGGCCUGAUGUACAGACCUGGAAUCUCAGCCACUUGCAAGGCUGAGAGGCAGGAGGAUCCAAGUUCACGACUUGCCUGAGGUACAGAGUGAGU